UGGCAAUAUGGACUAGACUCGUAAAAUGCACUAUGGGAUAAACAAAAGAAACAUGACUUAAGUUCGUAUACGUUUUAAAAGUCAAGUAUUAAAAGCCCUAAUAAUACCUAUACGAAUGAAUCAUCGUCGUAAUAUAAUGUGAGAAGUUAUAAUUACUCGAAGUUGUCAUGUUGUUGUGGUGUGACCCUGAUCAUAGUCCAUAAUUUUAUGCGCAUGUGUAUUCUAUUUGUUAUUACAUAUUCUAUUAAGAUAACAAAAUAGCAAUAGCAAUAAAAACAAUUAUUAAUUACGAAAGAUAUCAUAAUUUGAAGUUAUUAUAAUGGCAGAGGAAUCAGGUUGCGGUGAAUUACAACAAUUGGUUCAAGAAGAAGAAUGUGAAGAACCAUUAAGUCGUGGUGGUGAAGCUACACCACCAUCAACUCCAGCAAGAUCACAACAUCCAAGUAAAAAUGAAACCCAUAGCUCUCAUGUUUCGCAACAAGUAUUAUGGGAGAGCAAUGCACAGACUUCACCUAUCAUUAGUAAAGGUAGUUCGGGUCAAGCAACGAGUCAAGGUUCUAUGGUUUCUGGUAGAGCUAAUAUUUUUUCUAAUCAUACUACCAAUCAAUCUCGUUUGAUUUAUAUCAAUGAAAAAGAAAAACAAAGACCUAAUCGACCAGAACCUCCAAGGCUCAAUAGACAACAAAAAGACAUGACGCCGUGCAAACACCAUUGUUUUUUAUCAGAGGUACCCGAUGUCAGACGCAUGGAACAAGCAUUACUGCAAUUAUUGGAAGAUUUUCAUAGCGGAAAUUUACGAGCCUUUGGUAAAGAUUGCAGUAUGGAACAAAUGACAGAGAUUAGAGAACAACAGGAACGUUUAGCAAGACUUCAUUUUGAAUUAGGUCAAAAACAAGAAGUUGGUAGCGAUCAGUCUGGUUUAAGACAAUCAAGUGCAAAUAUGAGACAUUUAUUACAUCGUCUUCAACAACUUAGCGUUUGCAUUGAAAAAUUGCAUAGGGGUUUCCCGCCACAUGUUGCUGUACUGACUCACAAUCAGUCCAAUACACACGUCAUCUGUUAGAAUCUUAUCGAACUAACAGAGAUAAUCAUGAUUCUUUG